GAGAGAGAGAGAGAGAGAGAGAGAGAGAGAGAGAGAGAGAGAGAGAGAGAGAGGAAAAGGAGGGCAGGCCAAAUAAAGCCAUAGGUGCUUGUGCUGCUGGGAGAGGAGUGCCUGUUAGCAUGCUAUAAAUACUUGAUGCAUCUGGAGGUUCAGGGUUGGCUACUGUCUGGGUCUCAGCAGACCAGAUCACAGGCUCUAUGUUGAUCUAGUGAUUUAUAGAAUUACUGAUUUAUUGGACUGGGACAGGGAUUGGACCAUCCCGGAGGUGACAGGCCAUCAUGCCCAGGAUAGACGUGGAUGUGAAGCUGGACUUUAAAGAUGUCCUGUUCAGACCCAAGAGAAGCAGCCUGAAGAGCAGGUCAGAGGUGGACCUACGGAGGACGUUCACGUUCCGUAAUUCCAAGCAGAGUUACCAUGGCAUCCCCAUCAUCGCUGCCAACAUGGACACCACGGGCACCUUUGAGAUGGCACAGGUCCUCAGCAAGCAAACUCUCUUCACCGCCAUGCAGAAGCACUACACUGUGGAGGAGUGGAAGGCUUUUGCAGCCAAGUUUCCAGAAUGUUUGGAGCACCUCCAUCCUUCCAACCCUGGUUGUUCUCUCACACUGCUGCCCCGUCCCCCUCAGCACGUAGCGGUCAGCUCAGGCAGCGGUCAAGCCGACCUGGAGAAGCUGUGCAGCGUCCUGGAGACCGUCUCUGACAUCAGAUUCAUCUGUCUGGACGUGGCCAACGGCUAUUCUGAACACUUUGUGGAGUUUGUCAAAACCGUCAGGGGGAGGUUUCCCCAACAUACUAUCAUGGCUGGCAACGUGGUGACUGGAGAGAUGGUGGAGGAGCUGAUCCUGGCAGGAGCUGACAUCAUUAAAGUGGGUAUUGGGCCAGGUUCUGUGUGUACGACGCGUAUUAAGACGGGAGUGGGAUACCCCCAGCUCAGUGCUGUCAUCGAGUGUGCAGACUCUGCCCACGGCCUGAAGGGUCACAUCAUCUCAGAUGGCGGCUGCAGCUGUCCUGGCGAUGUGGCUAAGGCAUUUGGCGCUGGAGCUGAUUUUGUGAUGCUGGGGGGCAUGCUGGCUGGCCACGACCAGUGUGCCGGGGAGGUCAUUGAGAAGAAUGGCAGAAAGGUCAAGCUGUUCUAUGGGAUGAGCUCUGACACGGCCAUGAAGAAACAUGUCGGGGGGGUGGCAGAGUACAGGUCAAAUAAUACUCAUUUAAGCGUCAGAGGGCAGGACGGUGGAGGUACCGUACAGGGGGGAUGUAGAGGCCACCAUCAGGGACAUUCUGGGUGGUCUGCGCUCCACCUGCACCUACGUAGGAGCUGCCAAACUGAAGGAGCUCAGUCGCAGGACCACCUUUAUCAGAGUCACACAGCAGGCCAGCCACAUGUUCACAUAGUAGUAAAUAGACGGACGGACGAACAGACAGACAGGAUCUUUCUUGUGGCUGUUUAGCACUUCACAUCUUAAUGCCUGAUUUCAAUUGUGCUGAUUUCAUUUAAAAUGUAAAAGUGUGAAUCUACAACAAUAUUUAUGUAAAUGCAUCAGUUACUUUCCCUGUACACAGUAGACAGAAAGAGGAGAAACAGAGAGAAAUACCAACCUGUACUCAGGGGUAGACGUAACAUAGUAAACUUAUAUCCGUGACACUCCAAUUAGUAUGAUAUGUAACGUUUGGCAUGGUAUUCUUUUGUGGAUGUCCAUCUUCCAUUUCGUCGGAUAUGUUACGAAUUAUAAUUCGUACAAUAUGUUACGAAUUUGCAAAACGUAUGAUAUGUUAUGAAUUCUAAUUUGUUGAGGCUAAGGUUAUCUAGGUGGCUAACGCUAAUGUUAGCUAGGUGGCUAAUGUUAGCCAGGUUAGGGAUUAAGGUUAGGAGUUAGGUUUAAGUUAGGGUUAGGGGAUGGGUUAGCUAACAUGCUAAGUAGUUGUAAAAAAAUUGGUAAGUAGUUUCAAAGUUGCUAAUUAGCUAAAAUGAUCAAAUUGUCUGUGAUGUUAUUCAAACACACAGCCUUUGUGUUGCUUGAUGUUCACGUUUUACACCUACCCAUCCACCCUGUCCAACCACCCUACUUUCAUUUUUUGUCUUAAGUAACCUUCUGUCUUAUGUAACCAUAUCAAAUGUAACAUAUCAUACUAAAUUGAGUGUUUCAGAAUUUGUAUUUACAUUUACUAUGCUACGUGUAGUCUAUGACACCAGGCUGGAAAAACAGAGCACUAGAGUAUGUUACGUGUAGUCUAUGAGACCAGGCUGGAAAAAACAGAGUGCUAGAGUAUGUUACUUGUAGUCUAUGAGACCAGGCUGUAAAAAACAGAGCACUAGAGUAUGUUACGUGUAGUCUAUGAGACCAGGCUGGAAAAACAGAGCACUAGAGUAUGUUACGCGUAGUCUAUGAGACCAGGCUGGGAAAAACAGAGUGCUAGAGUAUGUUACGUGUAGUCUAUGAGACCAGGCUGGAAAAAACAGAGCACUAGAGUAUGUUACGUGUAGUCUAUGAGACCAGGCUGGAAUAACAGAGCACUAGAGUAUGUUACGUGUAGUCUAUGAGACCAGGCUGGAAAAACAGAGCACUAGAGUAUGUUACGCGUAGUCUAUGAGACCAGGCUGGAAAAACAGAGCACUAGAGUAUGUUACGUGUAGUCUAUGAGACCAGGCUGGAAAAACAGAGCACUAGAAUAUGUUACGUGUAGUCUAUGAGACCAGGCUGGAAUAACAGAGCACUAGACUAUGUUACGUGUAGUCUAUGAGACCAGGCUGGAAUAACAGAGCACUAGAGUAUGUUACGUGUAGUCUAUGAGACCAGGCUGGAAAAACAGAGCACUAGAGUAUGCUACGUGUAGUCUAUGAGACCAGGCUGGAAUAACAGAGCACUAGAGUAAGCAGCUGCUCUGUUGCUCCUCUUGAAAGAUGGAUGAAAGACAGAUGAGCCAGUUAAAAGACAGGAUUUCAGUUGACUCUGUUAUUUAUUAUUCUGAUAAUACAGAGACAAUACAUUUGUUCAUGUUCUUUUGUGUUUCUUUAAACAAAUUUGUUCAAAUCUAAAUUAAAUGUUGAAAAAAAUUACAACUGAAAUAUUUUGUCCAUAAACCUGCAAAAACUCUCCUAAGAAAGAGACCAUAGAUCAUACAGAACAGAUUGGAGUAUAUCCUACAAAUUAAAACGUAAUACCACAGUUAGAAAA